AUGUGGAAAGUAGCCUUCACUCAUCUUCUCCCCUGGCACGUUCAGCGUCCUACAGCUAACACUGCCACGAGAAAACAUCACACCUACUUCUCGCGAGAUUUGCAUCACCAUACCCUGCCCCUCGACCGAUCCAAACCCUUCCCCAAGAAAAUCUGGCAAACAUGGAAGGUCGACCCUACCCGCUUCGAAGAGACCGACAUGGAACGCUCAAGGUCAUGGAUGCUGUUAAAUCCACAGCACCGCUACGAAGUGUUGACCGACGGCAAUGCGCUCGCGUGGGUGCAGGAACAGUACGGACCUUACGGACUCAACCGGCCAGAUAUCGUCGACAUGUAUGGCUCUCUCACGACGACGAUCAUCAAGGCUGAUCUCAUCCGAUAUCUCGUCAUGUAUGUCGAGGGCGGUGUCUACACAGACAUCGAUGUCGAAGCCGUGCGGCCCGUUUCGUCGUUCAUCCCUCCGCGAUAUCCAGAAGCGGAUGUGGACAUGGUGAUUGGGAUCGAAACCGACCAGCCCGCCUUCAAGGAUCAUCCUGUGUUAGGCUCGAAGUCGCAGUCUUUUGUGCAAUGGACCUUCAUGUGCAAGUCGCGGUUGCCAGUCAUGAUGAGACUGAUCGAGAACGUCAUGGCAUCCAUUAAGGCGCUCGCGACGAGACAGGGCGUGCCGAUAUCCGAAAUCGUCUUGUCCUUUGACGAUGUGCUCUCCACCACCGGCCCAUCUCAGUUCACCAACGCCGUCCUCGCCGAGAUGUCACAGAUGGCUAGUAAUGUGUCGUGGGACAUGUUCCACGGUCUAUUCGAGGCUAGAUUGGUGGCGCGCACCUUGGUCCUGACGUCGGAAGCCUUCGCGGCCGGAUCAGGUCACUCGAAUUCGGGCAAUGGCCGGGGCAGAGGUGCAAUGGUGCAGCAUCACUACCAUGCUUCCCACUGGCCUUCGCAACACCAUCGACAACUGCAUCCCGUCUUUGGAAAUGUGGAGAAGUGCAAUUGGGAUCGGGAGUGUGUGGAUCUGUGGGAUGUCAACACCGCCUUCUUCGCAUCUCUUCCCGGGGACGAGCAGCUCAAGAUGAUCGAACUGAACAACAAGGGUCCGGACAGAAUGCCGGAUGAGAUGGAGGACGAAUUCGGGGGAGUUCUCUUUGUGCUUCAUCAUAUGUCAGAACAUAUUCGUUUGGAGUCUACGGACUCGUCUAUGAUAAUUCAUGACUUUGUGUUUGCGCUUUCAAGCUGCACCAAUAUCCAGGCGAUAAAGACCUUGCACUUCCCUGCGCUGUUUCGGGAUUAAUUCGAUGCGCAGAAUGAAACAAUUGCAAGCAAUUCAUACACGCUCAGCACAUGUCUAGGUCUUGCAGAAUGUCCCUCGCAUGGACAUCGAUAGCUCCAGAUUGCGAGUCUCCAAGAGUUAGUCCGAGAAAUAUUUGGUCGUCCAUGUAGCCGUGAUACUUUUGCGAAUGGCCCUUCCAACUCAUACUCGUGAUAGAGUAGACGUCCGGCCGCCCGUGCACCCACAGCGGUCUUGCAGCGAUGGCGUGCAAGGAGAAUG